CACUAUCAAAAGUCAGCGCCUUCAUUUGUCCGCUAUUUCCUCUCGACAUGGAUGCUGAUUGGGACCUUCACGCGGUGGUCAGAGGCUGUUACUCCGCCGUCUCCUCCUCCGCUUCCACCACCACCACCACCACCGCCGCCGCCACUCCAAAUUGGCCUGUGGAUGCUUACAAUCAACAAAAGCCAACUUUUUACGGUGAAAAUCUCAUGGGGUUUUCCUCAGAUCUAUUUCAACCAAGAAAUGAGAACAGUAUCGAACAGUUCUUGAAUAAUCUUUACAACCCCCUCCACUUUUCAAAUCUACAAAAACCACCUCCGUCUCCUCAGAACUUCCCAAUCUCACCCCUUUCUGUUCUUGGAGGACUUCCAGAUCCACCAUACCACCACUACCACCACCAGCAGCAAGAGAAACAGUUUCAGGGAAAGCAACAAUCUUUAAGCAUAACUAGAUGUACAAAUUCUCAUGCACAGGGUACAACAAAGUUCAAGAAAAGGAAAAAUCAGAUUAAAAAGGUUUGCCAAGUGCCUGCUGAAGGAUCAUCUUCUGAUUUGUGGUCUUGGAGAAAAUAUGGUCAAAAACCCAUCAAAGGCUCUCCAUAUCCAAGAGGAUAUUAUAGAUGUAGCACUUCAAAAGGCUGUAUGGCCCGAAAACAAGUUGAGCGGAAUAGAUCCGACCCGGGUAUGUUGAUCAUCACGUAUACCGGCGAACACAGCCACCCAACGCCGACUCAACGGAACUCGUUAGCCGGCAGCUCCCGCAACAAACCCACCACCUCCAGCGACGAUGACAAUAUAAACAAACAUACACCCACUUCGCCGGUUUCUCCCACGACGGAGAAGAUGGAAGAAAUUGAGAGAGAUGACACCGACGACGAUAACAACUUCGACGCCGCCGGCGUGGUCAUCGACGAUGAUAUAUUUGACGGAUUAGAUGAGCUGAUCGGCCCAGCCACCGGAGACAGCUUUUCCACGUCAAAGACGGGUGCGCCUUUUCGUGGUUGUCAAAUAACGUGGCCUCCACAACAACCACCGUUGCCAGCGGGGGUUGACUUUUGAAAAUUGGAGUUAUUGCUUGCUGAUGCUAUUGUGAUGAGAUUAUACGCGUUUUUUGUCGCUGACUUUUAAUGCUCUUUUUCCAGAGCUAGAACUGUUAUAACCAGAGUAAACAUUUUAUACUAGAUUGUACUCGAUUCUUUUAAAGUGGAAUUUCGCUUGGAUUUGAUAAUUUUAGCCUUGGAAAAGAGUGUAGAUUUUUUUAUUAUUUUUGUUUUUGUGUUUUUGAGACAUCCAAGCCGUUGGCAAAGUGUAAAAGGUCUUUCGUGUAAGUUGAUUUUAAAAGCAUUGUUUGUUGUACAAUGUGUAUCAGUUAUUGUAUAUUAUGCUUUAUGUACGUGUAUUGAGAAGUGUGUAUUACCUCUUUAGGCAAAUGGAGU